AUGUCGAAGAGAAUAAUGUGUGAAGUAUUCUGUACUGCUGAAGAUAUGGGUUUGUAUAUAGCCUAUAGCGAUACAGAUUCGAUGCACCUGUAUAAUGAAGACAUACCAAAACUCGCUGAAGAGUUUGAGAAACGUUAUGGAAGAGUUCUCAUUGGUAAAAACCUUGGUCAAUUUCAUUCUGACUUCGCAGAAAUAACACCUGGAAAACAAAGUUUAGCAUACAAGUCAAUAUUUUGUGGAAAGAAGACUUACAUAGACUUACUCACGAAUGAUUUAAAUGAAGUUGCAUUUCACUGCAGAAUGAAAGGCGUGAAGCAAGAUGUUAUUGCUUUAACCGCUAAUGAAAUGUUUCCUGACUCUGUUCAGUGUUUCUAUGAUGAAGAUAAAGGUUUAAUGGUUCCGCAAGGAACAUAUGACAAAGACUCUGAGUUCAGUUUAAUGAAACUUUACAAAGCACUUCAUGAUGGUCAAGAGAUUGGAUUUGACUUAUGUAAGUCAUGUCAACCUUGCUUUGAAGAGAAGUUUAACUUCUCAAUAACGACUAAAACAAGCUUUAUUCGUAAGUUGAAGUUCUGA